AUGUCAUUUGGAAAAGAUAUUGUUGAUCAAAAUUGGGGAACAAUUCCGAUUGGGAUACGGGACAAAGGAUUCGAUAUUGAUAAGGAGAAAGACAUGAAAAUCGAAUAUCGAUCUAUGGAGCACGAAUUGGAUGAUCUUCUUCAACUGCUGCCUCCAGCCCAAUGUUUCGAGUGGGAAGGCGUUCAUGCGCUGACGACCCAGCCACAACGAGUGCCAGAAGUUAGUGCCGUUGAAGCACUUUUGGCUCCUCCAAAGUCGAUGGGUUCAUUCAGCGGUAUCCUAUUGUUGCACGAUUACGACUGCUAA